GUAAAAUUUGUGUUUAUGUACUAAAUAUUUUAUUUUAUAUAAUUAUUAAGUAAAAUUGAAGCAUGGCGGAAGGUGGUAAUGUUCUGAAAUUGAUUUUACCAACUGUCGCCAUGCUUUUAAAGAAGCGGAGCUAUAUUCAUUGCAUAGAUUCUCAGUUGUCAAAUUCGCAUUGUUUAUUUUCGGGAGUAGUGUAAUUAAUUGAGUUUUCAAAUAAAAAAGGAGAAAAAAUCAUAUUAAGGUGAGUAAUAAAAAGGUGAACAGAAGGAAAAAGUAACGAUGAAUAUAUUCUUUCAAUAAUAUUGUUCAAAAUAAUCGAAUUUCUCUUGGAGAGACAGUUUUUUAUCUUUCUAACCUUACUUUUCUGUUUUCCUUGUCUGCUACAAAAUGUUCAUCUCAAUGUUUCCUUACUGAAAUAAUCCUUAUUUUAUAUUAAAACAGAUUUUACUAACAUGAGUUAUAUUACAUUACCAACAGUUCUUUUUAUAGUUUUGUUAUUUUAAUGUACUUAGGAUUCAGCAUUGAUGCAAAAUGGGGCGCAAUAAACUUAAAAAAAAAAGCAAACCUAUUCACCACACACAGUACUGCGAGCUAUACAAGCAGUUCGAAAUGGAAUGUCAAUCAACAGAGCUUCUCAUCUAUACAAAAUCCCGAGAACUUCUCUACGAGACAAAUUAAGUGGGCGAAGUGCUAUUGAUAAUUGUGGUCGUUCAGGAAUACACAGUGGUCUCGGAAAGGAGAUUGAGAAGAGAAUUGUUGAUUGGGUGAUCACUUCGGCCGACUGUGGAUUCCCUGUAACCAAAGAGGGCCUUCUUUCCACGGCGGAAAAAAUAAUCUCCAAUCUUCCACAACGCCAACGAUCAGGUUUCAAAAGAAACAGGCCAAGCAACAAAUGGUACUAUGGCUUCUUGAAGAGAAAUCCGCAAAUUUCACAGAAAAAGGCUGAGUAUGUUAACAGAGCGAGAGGUAGUGUAACGGAGGAAAAAAUAAGAGCAUGGUUUCAGGACGUCGUGGAGCAGCUAGGAGACAAUAUUGGAAUUCUAAAUGAGCCGAAACGCGUAUUUAACAUGGAUGAGACUGGAUUCAAUCUUGCCCCAAGAGGAGAAUUGGUUCUUGGGAGAAAGAAUCACCAUGUCUAUGUGGAAUCCGGUAACUCGGACAAGGAAAAUAUUACCACUCUCUUUGCAGUAAAUGCAAUUGGCACUUUUGCUCCUCCUCUCACCCUAUAUAAAUAUGAGCGGAUGCCUAUUUCUGCUGUCCAGUCUGCUCCUCCAAAUUGGGGAAUUGGUAAGACUGAAUCAGGAUGGAUGACUGGAGCAGCGUUCUUCGAGUAUAUAGCAAAUGUUUUCUUGGAAUUCCUCGUUCAACAAAACAUUCAGAGACCAGUGAUUGUUUUCAUUGAUGGUCAUAGCUCACAUCUUACUCUCCACUUAAGCAAGUUUUGUAGAGAAAACGGAAUUGUACUGGUAGCAUUGUAUCCCAAUUCUACCCACAUUUUGCAACCUUUGGAUGUGGCUGUUUUUAAGCCACUAAAAACAAAAUGGAACUUAAUUAAGAGGGAAUGGAGGAUUGAGAAUGAUGGAAGAGAGAUUCGCAAAUUUGAUAUUCCGACAGCUCUACAAAAAAUCAUAUCACAAGAUAACAUGUCCAAAAAUGUGGUCUCAGGCUUUCGCGCAACUGGAUUGUACCCAUUUAAUGCAGACGCAGUUGAUUACUCGAAAAUCAUUCAGAGAACAGGACUGAAAGAUACAACUUCAGACCAGAACAUUGACUCAGAUAUUGCAGAUCAGGGAAAUCAGGAGAACUUUGUUCAUUAUUUUGAGUCGAAAAUUGAAGAAAAGCUUCUAAGUAAAUUUAGGAUUCAGAAAGAAGAAGGAGGUGACUGGUCGGGCGAUAUUAAGGCUGAAAAGCUUUAUCAGGUCUGGAGAGCCAUAUUGCGUGAUUUCGACGAAGCAGAAUCCUUGAAUAAUAUGAUUGAAAAUUCUGGGGACGGAAUUCAAGAGGCUGAAGCUGUAAAGACUGAGCUUCAUCCUCAAAUUGAAGUGAAUCCGCCACUGGAAUGUGUGAUGAAAGGAGCAUUUCAACAGAUAAAGAGAUGGCCACAAAGUAAGAGAACGCGAAGGAGCAAACAAGAUACCCCCACAGUAAUAACUACCGAAAAGUGGGUAAACUUUUUUGAGAAAAAAGAAGAAGACAAGUUAAAACUGAUUAAAGAAAAGGAGCAGAAGAAACUAUUGAGAGACAAAAAAGCCAUCGAGAAAAAGGAAAUGUUGAUUAAAAAGAAGAUGACUAAAAGGCAAAAAAAAUGAAUAAAUGAAAAAUACAUUCAAAAAAUAUAUUUUUUUAUUAUUCUUGUAAAUAAUUCAGGUAUAUUUGUUUCUAAAUUCCUUUUGAAACAAUUGGCGAGAAGUGGUUAAAAAGAUGGCGAAAAGUGGUAAAAAGUGGCGACGAAGUGGUUAAUUUUGCAUUAUUAAGAAAAGUCAUUUUUUUAAAUACCUUAGAAUUAUUUUCGAGGAUUACUGGUUUAACGAAUCUGUAGUCAAUACAUCUGAGUAACUUUGGGUCAAAUUUGAGUUACUUUGCAAAAAGGGUUUAAAAGAUAUAAUUUAAUUAAUUACAUUUUUUCCUAAAAGUGGCGAUAACUGGU